AUGGCGCUGCGCUCGCCGAGCUUCCUGCUGCUGCUGCUAUCCUCCUUGGUCACCGUCUCCGCACUUAGUGCCAUAGAAGGUGACGAGGAGGCCACGUUGCUGGCUUUCAAAGCAGCGGCAAUCAGCAACGGGUACAACGACCCACCUACUUCGUGGAACCGCAGCACCACCGGUUGGUACUGCAGCUGGGAGGGCGUAAGUCUAAUGAUCAUGGUCAUUAGAUCCAACAAUCUCAGCGGGAACGUGCCCCUUGAGAUCGGUCAUAACCUGAAGCAUCUCAAGGUGCUCAACCUGCACCACAACAACCUUACGGGACAGAUCCCGGCGUCGCUGGCUAACUUGUCAUCGUUGAGUUAUUUUAGUCUCGCGUUCAACCAGCUCGAAGGUACCAUCCCGACUAGCAUUGGCAUCCUCAAGGACCUCAGUGUUCUUGAUCUCGGCUUCAACAACCUCUCUGGAGAGCCCCCAAUAUCCCUUUACAAUUUGUCUUCCUUGGAAAUGUUGCAGAUUCAGUGGAACACGCUCAGUGGUAGCCUUCCUACCGAUAUCGGCAGCAGGUUCCCCAGCAUGCGAAUCCUCUUUAUAUAUAAAAACCAGUUCACGGGGAUCAUCCCUGCUUCACUCUCCAACCUGACAUCGCUCCAAGAACUCGACCUCUCGCACAAUAUGCUUAAAGGACAUGUGCCUAGCACGAUUGGGAGAAUACGAGCUCUGCAAAAUCUAUGCUUGUCCUGCAACAUGCUAGAAGCUGACGAUGGGAAGGGGUGGGAAUUUAUUGCUUCUUUGUCAAACUGCAGCCAGCUCAAAUUAUUAGAUCUCUCUAACAUCACCGCUUUCACUGGACACCUACCAAGCUCAAUAGUGAAUCUCUCAACAACACUGCAGUUCCUCGGCAUUAGUGCUACUGGGAUUUGGGGAAGCAUCCCCUCGGCCAUCGGCAAUCUGGUGGGCCUAGAAUUCCUUGGUGCUAAUGAUGCCUCCAUAUCCGGAGUAAUUCCAGAUAGCAUCGGCAAGCUAGGAAACUUGACUGAAAUUUAUCUGUACAAUAGUAACUUGUCUGGCCAAAUACCUUCAUCUAUCGGAAACCUUUCAAAGUUAGCUAUCCUUAGUGCAUUUAGUAGCAAUCUAGAGGGGCCAGUUCCGCCAACCAUAGGGAAGCUGAAGAGUUUAUUUGCCCUUUUUUUGUCAAGUAACCACCUGAACGGUUCGAUUCCAAGAGAGAUUUUUCAACUUUCUUUCAGUUACUUAGACUUGUCAUACAAUUCACUAUCAGGACCUCUUCACUCCCAGGUCGAUAGCUUACAAAACCUUAACCAACUAAUUCUAUCGGGGAACCAGUUGUCUGGCGAGAUACCUGAAAGUAUUGGGAAGUGUACAGUGCUGCAAGACCUUUGGUUGGACGAUAACUUAUUUAACGGAAGCAUACCCCAAUAUCUAAACAAGGCUCUAACUACACUCAACCUUUCAGUGAAUGAGUUAUCCGGUAGUAUUCCAGAUGCCAUUGGAAGUAUCAACGGACUGGAACAAUUGUAUCUGGCGCACAACAAUUUGUCAGGACCAAUCCCUGCAGCUCUACAGAAUUUGACAGCAUUGUGGAUGUUGGAUUUGUCCUUCAACAAUCUGCAAGGGGAAGUGCCAGAAGAAGGGAUUUUCAGAAAUUUUGCUAACCUGACGAUCACCGGAAACAACAAGCUUUGUGGAGGAAUACCCCAGUUUCAUUUAGUUCCAUGCAACACAGAUUCUGUGAAAAAGAACAGAGGGAAGUCGAAGUAUCUUAAAAUAGCACUAGCAACAACCUUUGCACUCUUACUAUUAGCUAUUGUCAUUGCACUCUUGAUCUACAGGAAGCAAAGAAGAAAGCAGAAGGGUGCAUUCGAACCACCAAUGGUUGACAUGCUUUAUCAAACGGAACCAAUGGAUUCUCCGAAGCCAAUUUGCUUGGAUUUCAAGGCAUUGGUUUUUGAGUUCAUGCCAAAUGGUAGCUUGAAUCGUUGGCUCCAUAUAGAAUCUGGCAUGCCCACUUUGAACAAUACUCUCAGCCUCGCACAAAGGCUCAAUAUCACUGUUGAUAUCAUGGAUGCUCUGGAUUAUCUUCAUAAUCACUGCCAGCCACCAAUCAUCCACUGUGAUCUCAAACCAAGCAACAUCCUUCUUGCAGAAGACAUGAGUGCCCGAGUUGGAGAUUUUGGCAUAUCUAGAAUCAUAUCAGAAAGUGAAAAGUAUGGUGAAGGUUCUCCCGUCACAACUUUUGGUGAUGUUUAUAGCCUUGGUAUAUUGCUGCUCGAGGUUUUCACAGGAAGGAGCCCAACAGAUGAUAUGUUUAGAGGUUCAAUGGAUCUACAUAAGUUUUCUGAGGAUGCUCUUCCAGAUAAAAUCUGGGAGAUAGCCGAUACGACAAUGUGGCUGCACACUAGCACCUAUGACAGCAAUACAAGAAACAUAAUUGAGAAAUGUUUGGUUCAUGUCAUUGCUCUUGGGGUAUCCUGCUCGAGAAAACAACCUAGAGAGAGGACACUGAUACAAGAUGCCGUCAACGAGAUGCAUGCUAUCAGAGAUUCAUACAUCAAGUGUGCCACAGGAAUGAUUUUGCAGUAA